AUGCACAAGCUGAACCGCAAGGCCGUGCACCCGACGCCCCUGACGUCCGUCGAGAGAUGGGCUCUCUUCAACCAGUGCAUCGACAAUGUCCAGUCCGCGGAGGCGUACCUGCGGUCGUGGUUCCUCGGGGCUGAGAUCAAGGACAUCCGCCGAGACAACCUGCGCGACUUCCUGCUCUGGGGCUUCUUCGACCAGGCUAGGGAGGACGUCGAGAGCAACGGCGGCCACUCCGAGGCCGAGGCACGAGAUCUGGAGGAGUUUGUCAAGAGGAUUGAGGAGCGGCUGGGCUAUCCUCUUCGAGAGGGCCGAGGUUCGGCGCAGUGCAUUCGACUGACGUUGGACGACAUCGAGGUCACUUACAGAUCAUUAACGUGGUACUUGGUCAUAUACCUGGUGGAUCAAGCAACACACAUGGCUCUUGCGUGGCAUGGCUUCAAGUUCUACGCCAGAGGGCUCGCACCAACUUUUGCAACGUUCCCACCGCGUCCGCAGGAGAUUUUCACCAGCCGGCGCUCGCGUGCUCCUCAGCUGAGCUACUGGUACCGGCCUCAUGCAUCAAAUGACUGCAACCCAGUCGUCUUCUUCCAUGGCAUUGGCGUUGGGCUCUGGACAUAUGUCGACUUCCUUGCCAACAUCCAUGCGGCUAAGGAUAUUGGUGGCGGCCAGGGUAUCGGUGUCAUUGCUGUGGAGAUCCUUCCCGUAUCCUUUCGACUGACCUCCCCGCCUCUGAAUAAGGCCGAGUUCCUGCGGCAGAUGGCCAAGAUAUUGGAGCACCAUCAGUGGAACAGGUUUACAGUCGCGGCACACUCGUAUGGAUCCGUUCAGACCACCCACCUGCUGCACUCCAAAAGCCUAGGGCAUAUGGUCACAUCCGUCGUGCUCAUCGACCCGGUCACGGUGAUGCUGCACCUCCCCGAUGUCGCCUACAACUUCACUCGCAGGAAGCCCAGGGGAGCAUAUGAGUGGUUGCUGUGGUACUUCGCCAGCACUGAUCCAGGCGUGGCACGGUGCCUAGGCCGACACUUUUUCUGGCGUGAGAACAUCAUAUGGAAGGAAGACUUUGAACACGCCGACCCGGUGUAUCGUCGGAAGGUUGCUGUCUGUUUGGCUGGGAGAGAUGUACUUGUCAACACCCCCAGCGUCGCACAAUAUCUGACCGACCUUGGGGUGACGGGACUUAACCAGGCUCGGGGCACCGCUGAGAAUCGGACAACCGAUGUGGAGGUGCUCAUGUUCCCUCAUCUGGAUCAUGCGCAGAUAUUCGACACCCCAGCAGACUGUCAGAAGGUAAUCCGGCUUAUCAGAUCAUAUUGCGGUGCAGGAUCAGCGGAAUAG